AUGGACAUCGAAGCUUCCUCCAAAGUCGCCGUCGUUCCCUUUCUCUCCAAACAUAUCCCCGACCAGUACACCGGCCAGCAUCCUCCAAAAACCUCUGCGAACACAAAGUACUGUUACCGACAUCAUCCCGACCUCAAAUGCCGACGCCAGGCAGAUGAGCCUACCAUGGAAGAAGUCCAAAAGGGUCUGGAAAAACUGCCGGUGUCGGACCAACAAGCCAUCUCUCAUGUCUGGACAAUCUUCUCAGCUGCACCUGCCAGUCAGAGAAUCCUCAUCCUUCAAGGGAUCCUGACCCAAUGUUGCUUCCCUCAGCUCUCCUUCAUCUCCGGCGCUCUCAGAGAUCUCAUCCGAAUCGACUUCAUCUCCGCCCUCCCUCCCGAACUCUCCUUCAGAAUCCUUUCCUUCCUCGAUACUACCUCUCUAUGUAAAGCAGCUCAGGUCUCCCGUCGAUGGCGAACUCUUGCCGACGAUGAUGUUGUCUGGCACAAAAUGUGCGAGCAACACAUCGACAGGAAGUGCACCAAAUGCGGCUGGGGCUUGCCACUGCUCGAACGAAAGCGACUUCGUCAAACAAAACGACAGAUGGAACUGAGGGCCAAGGGCAGAGUGAUCCCACCCAAGGGUGAAUUUGCCGUCGAGGACACCUUUGACAGGAAGCGACUUUCCGACUCCGACGAAGACCCGGAAACUACCCGACGUGCCAAGAAGGUCUGCCGACGCACCUCUUCCUCUUCCUCGGGUAUCGUCGAAGAAACUAGUGCGUUGAAUCUAAAGGAAAGACGACAACGCCUUUGGAAAGACGUUUACUCCGAGCGCUACAAGGUCGAAUCGAACUGGAGAAGAGGCAGAUACCAAUCCAAAAUCUUCAAGGGCCACGAAAACGGCAUCGUAUGCAUUCAAUUCGAUGAUACCAUGGUCGCAACCGGUUCGUACGACCGGACCGUCAAAAUUUGGGACAUCGAAACUGCAACCGAGAUUCGAACCCUCAGAGGACAUACCAACUGCGUCAGAGCCUUGCAGUUUGACGAAACAAAGCUCAUCAGCGGAUCUUUGGACAACACGCUUAGGAUCUGGAACUGGAGGACCGGUCAAUGCAUCAACAUCCUUCGAGGUCAUCAAGCCGGUGUUGUAUCUCUCCACUUCGAGGGUGAGCUCUUAGCCUCUGGUAGCGUCGACACCACCAUCCGGCUCUGGAAUUUCAACGACAAAAGGACUGCCAUCUUCCGCGGUCACACCGACUGGGUCAAUGCCGUUAGGAUCCAUGGUGCUUCGAACACACUCUUCUCCGCCUCGGAUGACACGACUGUGAAAAUGUGGGACUUGACAAGUAGAGCUUGCAUACGAACAUUUACCGGUCAUGUCGGCCACGUUCAACAGUGCUUUCCUUUGAACUUGGAAUCCUUUGACGAAGACGAAUGUAUGGACGAUGCUGCAGACGUUUCCUCUCCCGGCUCCGAUGAUGGUCCUCACAUCCUUCCCAAGAAUGUAAGCCGUGCUCCAACCCACAUGCUCACAGCUGCACUUGAUACGACGGUGAAGCUCUGGGACGUGGCCACGGGCCGUUGUAUCAAGACCCUGUUCGGACAUACUCAGGGAAUCUGGGGACUCAGUGCGGACUCUUUGAGAGCUAUCACCAGUGCCGAAGAUGGGAUGCUUAAGAUCUGGGAUAUCAGAACGGGUAAGUGUGAGAGGACGGUCACACAACAUGUGGGUCCGGUGACGUGUGUGGCGUUGAGUGAUAGUAGGAUGAUGAGUGGUGGGCAGGAUGGGGAGGCUAUUCUUUAUUGCUUUAAGCCGAAGACCUAA